UAUCAUAAAAACAUAUUUAAUAAUUCAACUACUUACAUCACACACACACACACGUAUUCAUCGUUCCCUCCGCCGAUUCGUCUAAAACCACCGGAUCGGAUCCAUGGCGGCGUUCACCAGCAAUCUUAUGUCUCCUUCACACCUUGCAUGCCAAGCUUUGGCACCAACCAGAGUAUCUGGUCUGAAGAUGGUUUCUUUUAGCAAUUCAGGAAGAAGCAAUCUCCCAUUGUCAUUCCGUCGUCUUCAAGUUUCAUGUGCUGCCAAGCCAGAGACAGUGGACAAAGUAUGCGGCAUCGUUAGAAAACAGCUCGCUCUUAAAGAUGACAUUGCAGUUACCGGUGAAUCAAAAUUUGCCUCACUAGGAGCUGAUUCUCUUGACACGGUUGAGAUUGUGAUGGGGCUUGAGGAAGAGUUUGGUAUCACAGUCGAAGAAGAGAGUGCACAGAGCAUUGCCACUGUUCAGGAUGCAGCAGAUCUUAUCGAGAAGCUCUGUGAGAAAAACAGUGCAUAAUCAAUGAAAAUUUCAUGAAUAGAAAGAUUUUUGUCUUUCUCUGUUACUGUUCUGGUCGAAUGUGUUUCUGUGUGUGCGGGUCGUUGUUUUUGUUUUCGUUUUUGUUUUAGUGGGUAUGCUUGUAAUAGGUCUACGAUGCUCCUUCUAAAAGAAAGAACUCAGAUUUAUGUAUGUUGAGGUUUGUCCGUGCUGUACUGUAAUGGUUCCCUAGUUCUCAUGUGACUUAACGAGUCUUGUCAACAGGUUUCUUUUGAAACUGAUUUGGCCGUGUUGUAAAAAUUUUAUUUAAUUUUCCUAUAUGAAUAAUUAUACCUUUUUCUCUCUCA